AUGAGAAUCUGCUGGUUCUACCACCUGGUGAGAUCAGCAUGGUUGCUUUUCCUUCAGUCCUCCCUUUGGCAUUUUGUGUUUCAGCCGUGCAGCAGCUCCUGCAAAUUCCAGCUGAGCAGAGGCAAGAAAAGCCUCACAGCUGAGGAGAUAUUUGGGCUGUACCAAGGCGACUCCGGCACCUUUGUGAGCAGCCAGCCCACAGAGCCCCACCUCACCCCGAGCACAGCAUGGCCUGAGCCCUGCCCAUGGCAGAGGGGAAAUUCUCCAGGCACAUCCCAGGCUGUGCCCCCUGAUAGCUCGCCCCUGGAAUACCUACAGCUCCUCCCCUCCAUCCUGAUGGGCACUGCCCGGGAGAGGGUUGGGAUGCACCUCCUCAACACUACAUCCCUGUCACGGUGGCGCAGGAGGGAUUUCCUGCAGUGGUUGGGGCACACCUUGGAGCACCUGCGCUGCUCCCUGCAGCUGAAAUGCCUUGACCACUUUGUCAUAGGCAACAAGAGKGCUCCUUGUUUACUCCCCAAAGAUCAGAUUUCAUGCACCAGUGAGGUUUUCAGCGGUUCUUCCCUGCGGACUCUUCACAGACCCCCUUGGUCCACCACUUGUCUGUCUCCUGGACAGUCUCAGGAACCCAAUAAAUCGCCCGGUGCCGGCUGCCACCAAGAGGAGCUGAUCACCAAAACUGGGUGA